UCGAACCAGUGCUUGCUUGAGAGAGGAUGAAGAAGAGCCCUUCAAGCUGAGAGUACAGAGUGCAUGAUGAAGUCAAUGAUACAACUGUUGUUCGAGCUCUAGUAGAAGGAGUAGUGGUAGUAGUAGUAGUAGUAGUAGUAGUAGUAGUAGUAGUAGGACGAGGUAGGGACUGCUCCACUACGGUAGGAGUUCAUCCAUGGCAGUGAGCAAGCUAUGAUGACGAGGAUGACUAACUACUGCCAGAUCAACGAUCUCCACUGGUAAUAGUGUGACUUGAAGAAGAAGACAACGACGAAGACAAGCAGUCAAGAAAAGCGUGUGUAUUCAUUCAGAGUGGUACAUGGUGUUUAUCUUGAAACAACCAGAGAGUUCACGGUGCAAACCAUCAUAAACCUUCGACAUCGAGUCGACUUCAAAGAGCAAGGACGUCUCAUCUCGUUCCCCGAGAGCGCACUCACACUUACUCAAACACAUGUCAAGAAACUCAAAUAAUAGGACGAGCAACCCAACGAGACAACUCAAACUUCCCUGGAUCGCUGGCCUACUAUAAGCCCCCUGGCAACCUCCCAUCGUGUGUCCCAUAUUGUUCCAUGAAUUAAACCCGAAGAGGGAAUUCGCAUCCAAACUACAAUCCACACGCUUACCACCCUCAAUCUCACUCCCAACAUUUGACACUCGACUCGUCAACUUGCAGUUCUGUUAAGCCAAACUCCUCCGAACGAAACGAAUAAUACGUAGUCCGCACUCGGCGAAACGAAACUUCUCCAGCCAGUCAAGCUUAAACACGGAUUUGCUGGAAAUAGUAGCUGCUCCUCAGUCCAGGGUGAACUCGAGACGGCGUACGAUGUGCUCCUAAGAUCGUGAAAAGAAACGAGAAGUCAGUGAGUGAUCAAGAAGAAUCAUGUUGGACACAAGUGAAUGCCAGAAACCGGGUGGACGAGGCAAGAUGAAUUUCCGCGGGAUUCGAUCCUCCAAAUUUCGCCAUGUUUAUGGCGCUCCAGCCAAGCGACCCCAUUGCUACGAGAACAUCAAGAUCACCCGGAACGCCCAUGACUCAAAUUUUUGCGCCACGAAUCCGAAAUUCCUGGCUUGUGUGGUGGAAGUCGGGGGUGGAGGCAGUUUCAUAGUGCUACCUUUGGAGAAGAUGGGACGAGCGGAUUAUGCCGCGGGCAAGGUGACAGGACACACAAAGAAUGUUUUGGACAUCAAAUGGAAUCCAUUCAAUGACAACAUCAUUGCCAGUGCUUCGGAGGAUUGUACCGUUAAGCUAUGGUACAUUCCGGAUGGAGGCUUGUCCAAGGAUCUGGACGACUUUUUGAUCGAACUCCAAGGUCACAGACGACGAGUGAUGUACUUGGAAUGGCAUCCGACGGCCGAAAAUAUUCUGCUCAGUGCUGGCUACGACCACACCAUAAUUGUGUGGAAUAUUGCCAAGGGUCAUGCCGUGAACAUCAUUGACUGUCAUGUGGACACCAUCUACUCGAUGUCAUUCAACAGGAAUGGAUCUCUCUUGGCUACUACGAGCAAGGAUAAGCUCAUCCGGAUCAUUGACCCACGAUCUGGGGAAGUUCUACGUCAGGGUGACUGUCACAAAGGAACCAAGGCCAGCAAGGUUGUGUAUUUAGGAGACACGGGACGGUUAUUCACCACUGGAUUCUCCAAAUUCUCGGAUCGGCAAUACGGAAUCUGGUCUCAAAAUGACCUCUCGGAGCCCUUGGCUAUGGAGAACAUUGACUCUUCGUCGGGCGUACUGUAUCCAUUUUACGAUCACGAUACCAAAAUGGUUUAUGUGGGGGGCAAAGGAGAUGGGAAUGUGCGAUAUUACGAAAUGAUUGACGAAGCUCCGUAUUGUUUCUAUCUAAGCCAAUUCAUCUCGGGAGCUCCUCAGCGAGGUUUUGGGAUCCUACCUAAGAGAGGUUGCGAUACGACACAUUGUGAAAUAUUCCGCUUCUAUAAACUGCACGCCACCAAAGACCUGAUUGAACCCAUUUCCAUGGUGGUUCCACGAAAGUCGGAAAUGUUCCAAGAUGACAUCUAUCCUGAAACAGCAGCUCCCACCCCUUCGUUAACAGCGGACGAAUGGGCCACCGGAAAGAACGCCUACCCUUUGCUAAUGUCUCUACGAUCUGGCACUCGCGUCCGAACGUACAAACCUGUGGUCUAUAAGCCCUCAGAGAAUGCCAUUGUGGUAUCGGACCGGAAUAAUGAUCGGAAAUUCAUGUUUUUAUCGGAGGAAACCAAGCCGGAUUAUCGACCCAUGGAUCGUCGUCCAGAUAUCCCACAGAGUCCCCAAAUGGACCACCGUCCACUAGGCGCAGAUUCGUACAAGAACAAACAGGAGAACAACUACCAAACCGCACUCGAUGGAGCAAAACUGGCUCACGAAAAAUAUCAGAAGACUUAUCAGAAUACCAAGUUCCAAGAGGUUCAGCGGAAGUGGAUCUCUGGUCAUCAACCCGGAUCUAAUCCUCGGCCUCAAUCCCCACUGGAUGUUGACCUGGAUACGAUAUAUAAGACGAACAUACCCUCGGGAUCCACCACAGUUCGAUCCCUUACGUCAAGGUUUGGCGGGAACAAUAUGAGGGACAAUAAAGAUAUCGAGAACGAAGACGACCUUCGAACUAUGGUGGAAGAGCAGAAAUCCGAGAUUGAGAACCUAAGGGCCGAGUUAUCGGUUAAGGAUCGAAAGAUACAGCACCUCGAGGAACGUCUCAAGUUGUCACAAGUGAAUGGAAAUGGAACCACAUCACCUUUGAUCGGAGAUAGAAGCAUCUUGGAUCAAUCACCACACUGAAGUUCUGUCCAUAGCACAAAGGGCAAAAUCGUUCAGUUUUGCCCUUGGGAAAGCUCGUUCAUGUCAUUUGGUACAACAUUCAAGUCUGCCAAGCUCUUUGGAGGUUUAGAUUUUUGUUCUGGUCAGCCACUGGCAUUUAUUCCCGUGAACCAUGAAGCGAUCUCGCCAGUGAAAGGUGGCCGAAGGAUCGGGAGUACAACUAGCUUUAAAUAUUAUCCAUUUAGUAUCGUAACCGUAUACCGUACCCCAAUGUGUGAUAUGCGAACAUGGAAUAAAACUACUUAAUAUCCGUA